CACAUCAAGCGGCCGAUGAACGCGUUCAUGGUGUGGGCGCAGGCCGCGAGGCGCAAGCUCGCCGACCAGUACCCGCAGCUGCACAACGCCGAGCUCAGCAAGACGCUGGGGAAGCUCUGGAGGAUUCUGAGUGAGGAGGAGAAACAGCCGUUCAUCGAGGAGGCAGAGAGGCUCCGAAACGCCCACAAGAAGGACCACCCCGAGUACAAGUACCAGCCGCGCCGCCGCAAGCCGCCCAAGACGUCGGCCGCGAUGGGGGUGGGCGUGGGCGUGGCGGCCGUGUCCCCAGGCAGCGACGCCGAUCUGCCCUCCACCUCCGGCGUCAGCUCCACCUCUCCGGACAUCGGACGCUGCCACAGCCGUAUGAAGGCGGAACCAGACUGCAGCUUCGCCAAGCUGUUCGAGCGGGACCUGGAUGGGCCUCGCCCAGUGGAGGACCUGCCGCUGGCGCACAAGCCUGCCUACUCCUGUGCGCACGCGCAGUACUCGUUGGAGGCCAGUGAGCAUCACCACCUGCACCACCACCCGCACCAAGGCUUUCGGCCUGCCGCCGGAGCGACGGGCUUCAUGUACGGGUCGCCGCUGGAGGCGACGGCAGUGGGCGGCCGCGGCGGGCCGUUGCCGCCGGGGGCAGCGCACGGGGGCGGCGGCAACGCGGGCGGGGGCGGAGCCGGGCCCGCGGGGCCCGCCGCGUACGGUGCGGCGACGGACUUCCUGCACCCUCAUCUGGCUGCGGGCGCGCCUCCACCCCCCGUCUCUGCGCCGGCGCCGCCUCCCGCCUUCCCCACCGCGUCCCACGCGCACCACCAGUCCUUCUACGCGUACGGUCCUCCUCAGGGGCCAUAUUACAUGGCACCUAGAUAA